AUGGACUACCUAUUUUAUGACAUCUUUAAAGAAGGGAAGACCCUUGACGACGCCCCACUUGCCUUACUUCGCAAAGAGUCCGAAUUUGCCUGGGCUUCAACCCAUAGCGGAGAGACCACUCGAUUCUUCCCCUCCAUAACCGACGAAGAAAACAAGGCUGAGUCCAUUAAACAAGAGGUGCCGUGGAUCAAGCAUGGGUUUUCAGACGCCAAGGUCGUCCCCAUUGGAAAUUUCACUUCGGUGUCUAAGCUCUUCCACCAAGAAGGAAAGUAUCUGCACUGUGAGCCAGUGCAACGUCUGCAGCCUUUUGCCACGGACCCGUGUGUGACAUGGUAUGCUGUUAUCGUCGCAAGAGAUGCAUCAUCAUAUGAGGCGAUGUUUGGGGAGAGAGAUGCAUUGCACUGUGUCAGGCGUUGGAACGGUGGGAUAGCGGAAGAGGUGUUUGAUGUGGUCCACCCACAGCAAGGCAAGGUUCUCCGUCUCAAAGCGAAUGAUAGAGCAGAGGUAAAACAAUACGUGGAAGAUAUCCCUUCCUUGAGCGAAGGUGCAGCAGAGGUGGACAUACUCCGAGCAAAAUCGCACAUGGUCUGGGAUAUUUUCUUCUAG